AUGAUUAUAUGUGGAUGUGAAAACUUCACGUCCAAGGAGUUAAUUCCAAAGGUGAUUGUUUUCUGUGUGGAAAUGCUGGCCGUUUCGGCUGAUGCGGUGGCCGUUCUCCCAUAUCUCGCAUUCGCAAUCCAAGGCUUUUGGCUUCUAGUGCCCGUAGAGCCAACCAUUCUACUCGUAAUCUUUGUAAGUUUAUAUUGGGCUGCUUGCGUGCUGAUACUGAAAUGUCUCAUUUUUCGAGUGUAUUUGCUGUCGGGCGAAAGAAUUUGGAAGUUUGAGAUCUCUGAACGACACUUUCAUCUCAUGCAACUCUCAUGGUAUUUCUACAUUGUUCCGGUUUUGUGGUUUAUAUCUGUGAUGAAUGUGGAGAAGAGCAAAGUUCCGAUAAGCUACGAUAGCUACGAUUCCCUAAUCUCACCGCGCGUUAUCUACUGGAAUUUCUUUCUCAAUUCAAACUCGAUCUCAUGUGCUAUAGUGUGGACGAUUUUAGUCUUGAUCUACGGAUUUUUAAUAAUCGUGUGCUUGUUCAAAAUUUUCUAUGCUCUCAAUCGAAAUCAAAACUUCAGUCAACGAACAAAAGAUUUGCAUAGAAAAGCCGUCUAUUCGUCGGUAUUUUUGAUUGUGCCUUCGUCUUUGUCAAUUUGUUCAAUUGUCGUCAUCAUGUUUUCAUUGUUAGGGCUGCAAAAGCUUGGAGUUGAUGUCUCAUUUGUGUUCAUAAAUCGUCUAAUCCCAUCUACAAUCAUUGGACAUUCAAUUGUGAUUGGAGUGAACACUUUAUAUCAUAUGGGAUACGAUCAAGUGAAGCUCUUUUUCACACGAUUGAGUGGAAAAACGUUACCAGUGGAAAACCAAAAUUCGAGUACACUGGUGGUGACUGGGUACUCGCAA